AUGUCUCCAUCUCCGGAUCGCGAUCAAAAAGAGCGACGGAGAAUCCAAGGCCCACGUCGACGAAGCCGUAGCCCUGAUUUCCACGCACCACUCGAGUCCGAGACUCGACGACAACGAAGCCGAAGCCCCCGACGAAGAAGCCGGAGCCCUGAUUUCCAACGAUCCAACAAGUCUGAGACUCGACUAAAGACCCCAUUCGUGAAACAAUACAGCUUACGGCGGAGAUGUGAGAGGGUGCACAUUGAUGAGAGGCUGGUCAUUGACCUGGUCACCCCCGAGCCAGAAAUUAUUCCCACUAUCGAAAAUGCCGUCAUCGAAGAUAUCAAUGCAACAAAUAAUCCUCAUCCUCAUCCUUUUCAGACUUACAGAGACCCAGUUGACCUGAGCUCUAGUUCCACCCCUGACCCCAUCUUCACUCCUCACCCGUUGCCCAUCUCUCGACAGCCCUCCACUCAUAGGAAUGGCGAAGGAAUUCAUGAUGCAGCAAAUAUUCCUCAUUCUUUUCAAACUUACAGAGAGCCAGUUGACCCGAGCUCUACUUCCACCCCUGACCCCAUCUUUAUACCUCACCCGUUGCCAAUCUCUCGAGAGCCCUCCACUCAUAGGGACGGCGAAGGAAUCCAUGGGAUAGCGGCUGCUUUUCGGGGACCUGUAUCACAACGUGCUGAUAGGAUCAGGGCGACUUUUGCUGAUGCAUUUGGAGGCUCCCAAAAGCCUGACCUAGCCAGUCAAAUACCCAGUCGCCCCCACAGUCAUCCACCAAGUGGCCUGCCCCCACACCCGGUGGCAUUUUCUUUCAAGGAAGUCUAUGAUAGUGUAUUUGGAGGCCCCCAAAAGGCUGAACCACCCAGCCACCCACUUCCACACCGGGUGGUAGGCCCUCUCAAGAGUACUGGCUCUGAUGCCAUACUCGUACCCAAUCCAAGCCAACCGGUUCUUGCUACAAACCCCGAGCCUUUCAGUGGCAGGGUGGUAAACAAUUUGGACCGCACUACAGCAAAGAAAUUGGCUUCAGAUAUGCUGAAGAUGCCGCUCUACAAAGACGGCGUGUACUACUACAUCUUCUGGACAGACGGCUCAUUCCAGCGAGUUGGUGCUUUGAAUAAGGGAGGUGCAGCAGCAGUGUGGUUUGACCCCACGCGUGAUGAAUGGUACUCGUGGAGAGAAAAGGCCCCAUAUGGAGAUACCACCAGUAAUGAUGCAGAAUUAUUGGGUAUCGGGAUAGCGCUCCGGACAGCCUCGAGCUUCAUUGCUAGAUUCCAGGAGAAUCACCCGUUUAUUCCCGUUGCUCGGCACGAGGUAUUCGUUUUCACUGACUCCUCUGCGUGCCUGCAACUGAUACCCAGAGCUCACUUUUACCCGCUGUGCAAACAAUGGGCUAGACAAUCCCUGCUCGGGGAUAUUCUAGAGGCCAGUGCGUCGUUAAAGCGGCUAGGCGCAAACAUCCAGCUUCACUGGGUACCUAGCCACAGUGGUGUCAUUGGCAACGAGGUCGCUGAUCGUGAAGCCAGAUAUGCGGCGCAUGGCGAAUUUGUGGGGCAACAGGCAUCUUCUGGGCCAUGGGAACGACCAAGCGCUGUCACUGCAAGCGGCCUGACAAUGACCACGAUAAACCACGCGGCAAGGAGCAUAGCAAGGAAGCAUAGGAAUAUGGUGAACCGGUUCAACUCUAUCCUACAUCCUCAGGGCUCUAAAGACUACAUUUCUCUCUUAUGA